AUGUCUACCUUUGGCUACAGAAGAGGACUUAGUAAAUAUGAAUCCAUCGAUGAGGACGAACUCCUGGCCUCCCUGUCAGCUGAGGAGCUGAAGGAGCUAGAGAGGGAACUGGAAGAUAUUGAACCUGACCGCAACCUUCCGGUGGGGCUAAGGCAAAAGAGUCUGACUGAGAAAACGCCCACAGGGACUUUCAGCAGAGAGGCACUGAUGGCCUAUUGGGAAAAGGAGUCCCAAAAACUCCUGGAGAAGGAGAGGCUGGGGGAGUGUGGAAAGGUAGAAGAAGACAAAGAAGAGAGUGAGGAAGAGCUAAUCUUCACAGAGAGUAACAGUGAGGUUUCUGAGGAGGUGUAUACAGAGGAGGAGGAGGAGGAGGAACAAGAGGAGUCGCAGGAGGAAGAGGAGGAAGAGGAGAGCGAAGAGGAAGAGGAAAGAACCAUUGAAACCCCCAAAGGGAUCAACGGAACUGUGAACUACGAUGGUGUCAAUUCUGACCACUCUAAGCCAAAGACAUUUAAAAGUCAGAUAGAAAAUAUCAAUUUGACCAACGGCAACAGCGGGAGGAACACAGAGUCACCUGCAGCCAUUCACCCUUGUGGAAAUCCGACGGUUAUUGAAGAUGCUUUGGAAAAGAUUAGAAACAAUGACCCCGACACCACAGAAGUCAACCUGAACAAUAUAGAGAACAUCACGUCGCAGACCCUCACCCGCUUUGCCGAGGCCCUUAAGGACAACACGGUGGUGAAGACGUUCAGCCUGGCCAACACGCACGCUGACGACAGCGCGGCCAUGGCCAUUGCCGACAUGCUCAAGGUCAACGAGCACAUCACCAACGUCAACGUGGAUUCCAACUUCAUCACAGGAAAGGGGAUCCUGGCCAUCAUGAGGGCUCUGCAGCACAACACGGUGCUCACCGAGCUGCGCUUCCACAACCAGAGGCAUAUCAUGGGCAGCCAGGUGGAGAUGGAGAUCGUCAAGCUGCUGAAGGAGAACACGACGCUGCUGAGGCUGGGAUACCACUUCGAGCUCCCAGGACCAAGAAUGAGCAUGACGAGCAUUUUAACGAGAAAUAUGGAUAAGCAAAGGCAAAAGAGGAUGCAGGAGCAAAAACAGCAAGAGGGAUAUGAUGGAGGAUCCAACCUUAGGACCAAAGUCUGGCAAAGAGGAACGCCUGGCUCUUCACCUUAUGCAUCUCCCAGGCAAUCUCCCUGGUCAUCCCCCAAACUCCCCAAGAAAGUGCAGACUGUGCGGAGCCGACCUCCAUCUCCUGUGGCCACCCCACCUCCUCCUCCACCUCUUCCUCCCCAGAAGCUGCCUCCACCUCCCCCUCCACCCCCUCCUCCUCCACCACCUCCUCCAGCUCCCCCUCUCCCAGAGAAAAAGGUCAUCACCAGAAAUAUAGCAGAAGUCAUCAAACAACAGGAGAGUGCCCAGCGGGCACUGCAAAAUGGACAGAAAAAGAAAAAAGGAAAAAGGGUUAAGAAACAGCCAAACAAUAUCCUAAAGGAAAUAAAAAAUUCUCUGAGGUCCGUGCAAGAAAAGAAAAUGGAAGACAGUUCCCGACCUUCUACCCCACAGAGAUCAGCUCAUGAGAACCUCAUGGAAGCAAUUCGGGGAAGCAGCAUAAGACAGCUAAGGAGGGUGGAAGUUCCAGAAGCUCUGCGAUAA